AUGAGCGACACGCUCGCAUACGAGGCCUGGCUCACCAGCGCACACACACGCACCAGGCGCUACCGGCGGGCCAUGCGCGAGUCGCUCCUCCCGCCUCCGCCGGGCGCACUCCCCUCCAUCCGCUGGCAGCUUAUCGGGCCCCAGAACCGCGUGCCCGACGCCGCGGUCCCCAUAGGCCUCAAGGGCGACCCCUCCGGCGGGCCCGGCACAGUGCUGUACGCGGCGCGCACCUGGGCAGGCAACGGGUUGCGUAUCGGCCAAGGCGACAAGUGGGAGGAUAGAUGGUUCGAAGACCAGCUGCACAACGCGCGUCAUGCAGAGGUGCUGUGUGCUCCGCGUGGCACGGUCGAGUGGGUCGAGGUCCGGCAGGGGUGGCGCCGCAAGCCCAAGGUCAAGCGCCUCAAGCUUGUCCCCGCUGCACUGGAGAGAGACGGCAAAGUCAUAGUGUUUGCGCGUCUGCACUAUCAGUUAGGAACAGUCCUGGGUCAAUGGACGGUCGGCGCUCGCCGCGCCCACUUCUUCAUCAACCAGUCGAUCUGGACAGCAACCAAGUUUGAAGUGCUCGUCUUCUCGCAGGAACCCCGCCAGCCCGUGGCCGAGCGCGUCCAGUCACCUACACCUACACCAAUAAGCACCAAGUCUCCUGCGCCGUCCCCGCAGCCAUCCCCGACCGACAUCACCGCACCGCUCCUUCCAAAGGUCGCGCCGCCACCGUCUUCUUCUCCAAAGCCAGGUCGCUGGCGCCGCAAGAACACAAAUCAAGCCAAGCCGCACCACCAGCCCGGAGUGUGUGUUGUUCAGUAA